AUGUCAGUCAAACGAAGUGGGAAUGCCGAAAAAUAUAAACAAAAUUAUUUUAUAUAGAAGAUAAAAUUACAAAUUCCUUAAAAAAAUGGAACCAGACGAAGCUUUUUUGAAUCCCGAUUCAUUAGAUAUCCAAGAAAUGUCUGAAAUAACUGAUUUUCUAAGUAACUGGGAUGACGCAUUUUUGAAAAAAUUAGAAGAAGACCUCGCGAGUUCAGACGAUUCCUUGUUAUUAAGUGUGGAUACCCAAAUUAGUCGCAAUGAAAAUUCACCUAAACCAGAGUUAUCACCGCACUAUCAUAGCCCUGGAAAUCCACUUGUAUCCCAAUACACGCAUUCUAUUAGACAAUCGGCACAGUCGUCACCAGUUACUCAUAGCACCAAUGCACAGCGAUCUGCCCAAGUGUCACCACAGAGGCUUAAUUUGCGUCAGUCGAACGAGAACACGACAAUUCCUGAGGUCUCGAUGAAUACUACGGUGCCUCCUCAAACUCCAAUGAUCGUACAGCAAGUUGUCCCACAUCCUGUAUUUGUUAAUGUACAACAGCUUCCAGAAUGCAGCGGAUCUUAUGUACAGUUAGAUAGUGUUCCUCAAGUCAAACAGGCAAAUAAGGCACCUCAAAUUUCUCAGCCUGUGCUAAUACAGAAUAGCCCGAAAGGAAUAGCACCACUAAUCUUGAAAACUACAGAUGCUAAUUUUCAACCAGUGAUUUUACAAUCAAAUUUAAUUAACCCAGAAGGCCAGACAGUGAUGUAUACUAGCGCACCUAUUCAAGGCACUACACCAAAUAUUUUAAAUCCCAAAACAAGUUCAGAGAGCCGACCUAUCCGUACAUUUUUUACAAGUGAUACUGGGACUCUUUUAACAACUGGUAUACCAGUUGUGUUAGAUGGUGACAAAAUUGCACUGAAUCAUGCAACAAAUAUUGGUCCGCCUAAAGUAAAAGAAGUUAAGAGAAGUGCUCACAAUGCCAUAGAAAGGAGAUAUAGAACCAGUAUCAAUGACAGAAUAGUUGAACUCAAGAAUAUGCUAGUAGGAGAGGAGGCAAAGCUAAAUAAAUCUGCAAUUUUAAGAAAAACUAUAGACUACAUAAAAUACCUUCAAAAUCAAAAUACAAGGUUAAAGCAAGAGAAUAUUGCAUUGAAGAUGAAAUACCAGAAAGGUGGUGCCAAAGAAACUGCAUUUGAAGGAAGUUACACACCACCACACAGUGAUAUUUCCUCCCCAUAUCACUCUCCACAUCCUGCAGACAGUGAUUCCCCAUCAUCACCUGAUUAUAAGAUGGAAGAAAAAUAUUCAAAAAUUGUUAUGGGCAUGGGCGAUCACUCCCGUUUAGCGAUGUGCGCUUUUAUGGUUGGAUUAAUAGCUUUUAAUCCGUUUGGGUUAUUUUUUGGAAGCUUUGUAUCAGAGUCUGCAUCCAGUGACUUUUCUGCUAGACUUGAUCAAAGAAAAAUAUUAUCUGAUGAACAUAGUAAUAUUGGAUUGUCGCCUGCCACUUGGUUCUUUAAUACUUUCUUCAUAUAUCUAAUAAAUUUUUUGAUACUUGGAGGUUGUCUUGUCAAACUCUUAGUUUAUGGGGACUCUGUACCUAAGUCUCAAUCUAAAGAAGCUGGGCUUUUUUAUAAACAUAAAGAACAAGCUGAUAAUUUUAUUAAAAAGGGUGAUAUUUCAAAUGCGCAAUUAGAACUGCAAAGAUCUCUAGCGGUUUGUGGUAAAAGUGUACAAGCUGGAGGUCGUGGACAGGCCGAGUUUACAGCCCUAGCUGCGGCGGUGCUUCGACAGGUGUUGCAGAGAUUACCUCUAGGUGGAUACCUGGCACGACGCGCCGGCGAUCUGUGGAGCGACAGUCCUUCUAGAAAAGCGACACAGCGAUGGGCAGCAGAAGUGGCAAGCGUGUCACAUCGGUUGGCUCAGCUGGAAAUGUUGUCGAGUCACAGUGGUAGAAGCGAGCGAGUACUAUUGGCGCUUCAAGCUGUCAACUUGGCAGAGACUUCUGGGAACAAACAGCUCCUGGCCAACACUUACGUCACCGCUGCGUUGGUCUUCAAGGAUUACAUCCCUAGAAUUGGCAAUUGGCUUUGUGGCUACUAUUUGCGUUUAUGCCGAGUGACGUCAUCUGGCUUGUGCGCAUCUCUUCCAGUGCGACUUCGUUGGGUGACGAGUCCUCGGGGUCAGAGCUUUCUACGUUCGCGACGAUGGAAUUACGAAAGAACACAUCCAUCUUCCGUAUUAUUCAGCAAAUUGCCAGACCCCGCUGAGCCGUUAGAUUACGCUAUGAGGACCUACCACCUGGACUUACUUCAGAAGAGUAUGCAAAUGCUCCUGUGCGUAGACGAGACGAGUAACACCCGUGAUGUCUUAGAUUUAAUCAAACUCAUCACUGACGAUGUCUCUACUGAAGCUCCAGAGCAUUCAGGUUGUUGGGAUCCCGUGCUGGAAUGGUGGGCUAAUCUCGUGGGUAUAGCAGCUGCAUGGUUGUUGGCCGACGCUAAUAGCGCAUCAGAAUAUGGGGAUCGUCUGUACAUGCUGCCGGAAUCACUCUCCAAAUCGGAAGAUCCACUGCCUGGGGCACUGCAUAUGGCAUACAAAAGCCGGCGCGGACUGCUGAGCCUCACUCAGUGUAAAGAUGAACACAGUUUACAGAAGACGUCCGAAACUAUUCUCAAGGUGUGCGACAUUGCUGGAGCCAAGUUAGCAGACUCGCUGGCGUAUUACUGUUGUAAACAGCCGACCCAGAUAAUAAUGUUGAUGCAAGUGUUAUGCUGCGAUUGGUUGCUGGAGGUCCGCGCGGGGGUGUGGGAGCAGGCGAGCGGUUCCGCGCCGGCGUCGCACGCGCAGCUGCGCGGCUACCAGCGGGACUUGCACUCGUUGCGACGGAUCUCGCAGAAGUUGCCGUGGACGACGACUCGUGUAUUCUUACAUUCAGCGGUGUACCGUAUGAUGGCGGGCGCGGCGCCUAGACGCACUCAACAACUGCUCGACGGUAGUCUGCGGCCGCGGUUUAACAGGACUUCCAUUAUUUGUGGGAAAGAGCGGGCUUUAGAGAGUGGCGGCGGUGAAGGUGAGAGAGCGGUAGCACUAUACAUGGCCUGUAAACAUCUCCCACCGGCGAUAUUGGCCACACCCGGAGAGAGAGCCGGCAUGUUGGCACAAGCGGCCGCUAUGCUUCUGAAGAUCGGUCACCGCAGUCGACUACCGCAUUGCUACCACCUCAUGAAAUCUGUGGGAACACUGCCCAGCUCACCAUGACGUCCGCACUACGAAUCUAUAUUUUACGAUGCCGAAGAUACGUUUUUUAAAAUACCUAAUAAACAGUGGGGAGCUUAACAUGUAAUGUUUUCCAGUUAUGAAAUUAAUCGAAAAUCGUGUACGUGUGAACACAUGUUUCAGUUUUGUUUGUCCAUAGAUUUAUAGAUGGUGACACUUGUCUGUCUUAUCUCUAGUGUGUCUUUUGUAUUUUGUUAUAUUUACCAUUUAAUACGGCUUUAUAAUUGAACAAAAUGAAAUUGAACCUUUAUGGUGACGUGAUAAAUAGGUAGGUACUGAAAUUUAGUAUAUAGCAACUGUAUAACGAGUUGCUUUUAUAAAAUAAAGGUAAAGACAUCCAUUCAAUUAGGAUUAUUAUUCGACGUAGAUGGCAGCACUAGUAGGAGUAGUAUAAAAAAAAUCGUACGUACUACUUCCUUCCUAUAGGAAGCAAAUAGUAAUACGUAUGUAAUGCUGUGGCAUUAAUGUAUUAUUGGAUAAAAUAUUCUUUGACGUUUAUAAAAAACUGUUUACUAUUGUGCUAGUGCUGCUUUCUGUCGCCAGAAAGUUGCUGUUAUACGUGCUAUUAUAGUUAGUAGUUAAUAAAUAUUAAGUGUAUGGGAUGUAUAUGAUACAUCUCACUCAAAUUAUAUAAUGGUAUAAUUUCAAAAUUUUUUAUACAAUUUUGAACCCAUUAUAUUCUGAAGUAAUAAUAUGUAGGUAGGUACAUCGCAUACUUUUGGUACGCUUUGAACUUCAUUAUGAAUUAGGUUAUUUAACCAAUUUAAUAACACUGCAAAUUAAUGCAUUGUAAUUUUCUAUGAACACUAAGUAUAUAGCAGAUGUUUUGGUAGAUUUAAUAAGGAAUUUUUCGACAAUGCCGUGUUAUUUUUGUUAUUGAUAGUACAGUUAACUUUUCAUAUGUAUCAUAAGUUUAAUCUUUAUAUUUAAUGUCAAUUUGAUUGGCUUUUACAGUGUUAUUUUGAGUGUAUAAUAAUCAACGUAAUUAGUUUCGACACGUUAUUUCGUUGUGCCUAAUUUAUUUUGAAAUGUAGCUAACAAUAAGCAUAUUUAUAAAAUUAUAGAUACCAAAAUAUUCAGUAUGCAAUGAUUGUAAGUAUAAAAUAUUAUUAUCAUAGAUUUGUAAAUUACUAUGAUUUCAAAAAUCAAAAAAAUUUGCAAAUAUAGUUGACUGUUUAAACUUUUUAAAUAAAUUUUUUUAC